ACCGCAAGCCACUACCAGCGAUCAGGUCACACUACUACUAUUACGCCCAAUCCAACACAGCAACCACGCUCUGCUCUUAGCUCUCGCCGGCAAGCUCGCUCGCCGCAAUGGCGUCGCAGCAACAGCCCAGGAAGCAGGCCACCAACCGGGCCCAGGAGGAGGUAGGAGGAGGCCAACAAGGCCAGGCGAUGAACCUGGAGGAGAUCGGCAAGUACCGCUCCGAGGCGCAGCAGCGGUCGGCCGACGCCAUCCGCGCCGCCGAGGAGCGCUUCAACAAGGCCAACAACAAUCAGGCGCCCAGCGCCGCCACCGUGGUCUCGUAUCAGGAGACCACGAGGCAGCCCGCGGCGAAGCAGCAGGGUGAGAGCCACGGCCACGGCGUGGGACACGGCUCCGAGCCGCAGCAGUGGCUGGCGGAAACCGCCGCCGAUGCCAGGGAGAGGUGCAACAAGGCAAUGGGGACGAGCCCCGCCGCCGCGCACGGCGGCAAGGCGUCGCCGGCCGGCCACGCGCCGGCGGGCGCGGCGCCUCCGCACCAACAGGGAAGGAGGGAGCAGGAGGGCGGCGGUCAAGCCCGCGCCCACCUGACGCGGCAGGAGGAGAUGCCUGACAGGAGGUCGGCCGCGGAAGCCGCGAGCGCCGCGGUGGAGAGGCACGACAGGGGCGGCGGGGAGGCCUCCGCGGGGCAGGGCGUUAAGGAGAAGGCCGCGCGCGCGGCCGGCGCCAAGGCGAAGGGCGCCGAGGCCAAGGACGCCGGCGCCCGGGGCGCGCAGGCCGCGGCGGGGAAGGCCCAGGAGGCCUCGGGGGCGGCGGCCGACCGCACCAAGCAGGCGGCCGCGACGGCGAAGGACGCCACGGCCGGCGCGGCCGGGACGACCGCCGAGUACGCGAGGCAGGCGGCGGCGAAGGCCAAGGACGUGACGCUGGGCACCAGGGAGACGGCGGCCGAGUACGCGAAGCAGGCCGCGGCAAAGGGCAAGGACGUGUCGGUGACCGCCGCCGGGACGGCGGCGGAGUACGCGAAGCAGGCGGCGGUGAAGGGCAAGGACGUGACGGUGAGCGCCGGCGGGACGGCGGCGGAGUACGCCAGGGCCGCGGCGGAGAAGGCGAAGGAGGCGGCGGUGGCUACCGCGAGGACGACGGCCGGGUACACGCAGCAGGCGGCGGCCAAGGCGACGGAGAUGACGGCGGACACCGCGCGCAAGGUGGCGGAGUACGCCAGGGAGAAGGCGGAGCAGGGCAAGGAGCGCCAGGCGGAGGAGCCCCGCGAGGACGUGGCGUGGGAGGCGGCGGGCAAGGCCCGCCACAUGACCGGGCAGCACGAGGACACGACCGGCGCCAUGGCGCGCAGGGUGGGGGACACCGCUGGGCAAGCCAAGGACAUGGUGAAGGACGUGACGGGAUCCAUGGCGCAGAAGGCGAGCGACACGGCGGGGCGCGCCAAGGACACGGCGAUGGACGCGGCCGGCAGCGUGGCGCAGAGGUCGAGGGACACCGCUGCCGAGGCCGGGGACAAGACGAAGGACGCCACCUCACACGCGGAGCACAAGGCAGGGGAGGUUAAGGACAAAGCAUCGGGGACCGGCAAGGCCGACGGCUGUGGCGGCGGUGUCACGACGAAGGCGAAGGGCGGCGGCGGCGAGGACACGACGGUAGUGGGCGACGUCCUGGAAACGGUGGGCGCGAUGGUGGUCGGGCUGGCGCAGCACACCAAGGGGCUCAUCGCCGGCGAGGAGGAGCUCGUCCCCGUCGAAGGUGGCGAGGAGGGAAAGGUCACCGAGGCAAGGAAGGAGGAGAAGCGCAAGACCGCUUGAUGAUGCGAUCGUUGCUCUGCUUCUAGGCUUUGCCGGCAAAGUUUGGGUUCGCCGUGUACUGGUUCCGCCUUCCGCGACACGUCCAGCUGCGUAUAGUAGAAUAACGUUGCCGGUGUACGUGCGUCGCCAUCUCCUUUUAAACAAGGAGAGCUGCCAGAGAGCGGCCAAUUAUAUUUGAAAAAGAAUAAGGCAAACUCCGGUCGGUUGCCAUGUCACAGUGUGAUCCUGUGCAUGCACGACGCUGUGAUCGUGUC